AUGGAAGAUUAUCAAGAAACUUCAAUUGGUACAAUAUAUAUAGCUGCCAUAAUUUUGACUGGUACAGCCAUGUGUAUGUAUACUGAAAAGGGACACGGGUGGUGCUCUGGUCUAAACCACUGAAGCUCUUGGUCUUGCUGAUCAGAAGGUCGGCAGUUUGAAUCCACGCAACAGGGUGAGCUCCUGUUGCUCUGUCCCAGCUCCUGCCAACCUAGCAGUUCGAAAGCACACCAGUGCAAGUAGAUAAAUAGGUACCACUGCGGCAGAAAGGUAAACGGCAUUUCGGUGCGCUCUAGUUUCUGUCAUGAUGCCCUGUUCUGCCAGAAGCAGUUUAGUCCUGCUGGCCAUAUAACCUGGAAAGCUGUCUGUGGACAAACGCCGGCUCCCUCGGCCUAAAAGCGAGAUGAGCGCCACAACCCCAUAGUCGCCUUUGACUGGAUUUAACUGUCCAGGGAUCCUUUACCUUUUUUUUACCCAGGUAUACUAAAAACAAUUAAUGUACUUACGUGCUUUUUUACAGAAAGGUUUUAUUUAAAAAAAUAAUAAUAAUAUUUAUUACUUUCCAACAAUUUGAACAUACAUAGAAAAAGAAAAUAAACAAUACAAUACAAUACAAUACAAUACAAUACAAAAACAAUACCUAACACUAAACUAACAAAAACAAUUUAAACUAAGAAAACAAAACAAAAACAAUUUAAAACACAUCAAAUAAUUUCAAUCUUUCAUUCACUUAUUUCCAUGACCUCCUCACACCUCCCUUUUUGUAUUCCACUUCUAUUAGUUGUUUCAGCAAUUCCUUUCCAUCUUCCUCUGCUUUCUAUCCUAUAAUUAUCUUAACACAUUUUAACCUUAUUUUUCCCUUUAAUUCUCUAUUAAUCUAUUUAUACUUAAUUCCUUAUAACAUUUCUACUGAAGCCAUAUAACUUCAUUCCAACAUUUUUCUAACAUUCAUUAAUUUUACAAUAUUUCUGUAAAUAGUCUUUAAACUUUUUCCAAUCUUCUUCCACCGACUCUUCUCCCUGGUCUCGGAUUCUGCCAGUCAUUUCCGCCAGUUCCAUAUAGUCCAUCAACUUCAUCUGCCAUUCUUCCUGGGUGGGUAAAUAUUGUGUCUUCCAAUACUUCGCGAUGAGUAUUCUUGCUGCUGUUGUAGCAUACAUAAAAAAAGUUGUAUCCUUCUUUGGCACCAAUUGGCCGACCAUGCCCAGGAGAAAGGCCUCUGGUUUCUUCAGAAAGGUAUAUUUAAAUACCUUUUUCAUUUCAUUAUAAAUCAUCUCCCAGAAUGUCUUAAUCCUUGGGCAUGUCCACCAAAGGUGAAAGAAUGUGCCUUCAGUCUCAUUACAUUUCCAACAUUUAUUUUCGGGCAAAUGGUACAUUUUUGCAAGCUUGACUGGUGUCAUGUACCACCUAUAAAUCAUUUUCAUUAAGUUUUCUCUUAGGGCAUUACAUGCCGUAAAUUUCAUAACUGUUCCCAGUCAGCCAUCAUUAUAUUAUGUCCGACAUCUUGUGCCCAUUUAAUUUCACCGUUUCAUCCUGGGUGUUCCAUUUCAACAGCAAGUUAUACAUUUUUGACAAAUUCUUGAUUUUGGAGUAUAACAGUUCUGUUUCCAAUUUUGAUUUUUCCACCUGGAAACCAACUUAUUUGAUAAUAAUGGAGCCAAUCUCGCACUUUAUUUUUCAAUUUUUCAAAGCUCUGCAAUUUUAGUCUGUCUCCCUCUUGUUCCAGAAUUUCCCAAUAUUUCGGCCAUUUGGCCUCCAUAUUGAGUUUUUUCUGUGCCUUCACUUCCAUUGGUGACAACCAUCUUGGGGUUUUCUUUUCUAACCAAUCUUUAUAUCUUAUCCAUACAUUAAACAAUGCUUUUCUAACAAUAUGAUUUUUAAACGCUUUAUGUGCUUUUACCUUAUCAUACCACAAAUAUGCAUGCCAACCAAAUAUGUUGUUAAAACCUUCUGGGUCCAACACAUCAGUGUCUUCAAGUAGCAGCCAUUCUCUCAGCCAACAAAAAGCAGCUGAUUCAUAAUAGAGUUUUAGGUCUGGCAGGGCUAAUCCACCUCUUUCUUUAGCAUCAGUUAAUAUCUUAAAUUUUAUUCGAGGCUUCUUGCCCUGCCAGACAAAUCUGGAAAUAUCUUUCUGCCACUUCUUAAAACAAUCCAUCUUAUCCAAAAUUUGUAAUGUUUGAAACAAGAACAACAUCCUUGGCAGCACAUUCAUUUUUAUCACAGCAAUUCGGCCUAAUAAUGAUAACUUCAAAUUUGACCAUAUUUCUAAGUCUUUUUUCACUUCAAUCCAACAUUUUUCAUAAUUAUCCUUAAAUAAAUUUACAUUUUUAGCAGUCAUAUUAACCCCUAGAUAUUUCACUUUCUUAACCAAUGUUAGUCCUGUCUCUUCCUGAAAUUUCUUUCUCUCAUUUACAGUUAAGUUUUUACAGGAAGGUUUUAGUCCUUAUGAUUGGGGAAAAUAGAUCUGAAGCUCCAUUGAACAGCAUCUGGUAAAAUCUUGAAAGGGUGCAGUUCAGAAUUUCCAUUGAUUGAUAAGAGUUAAAAGUUGAGUUUGAUCAAAAGCAAGUCUCCAAGUCUAAUGUGGGGAAAUGGCUGGGGAAACUCAGCCAGAUGAGCGGAGUAUAAAUAAAUUAUUAUUAUUAUUAUUAUUAUUAUUAUUAUUAUUAUUAUAUCUUAGAAUUGUAGAGUUAGAAGGGACCCUGAUUAUCAUAUAACCCAACCGAAUAUGCUGCUGUCCCAUACAGGGAUCGAACCUGCAACCUUGGCAUUAUCAGCACCAUGCUCUAAACAGCAGCGGUGGCCAAAUUCGGCCCUCCAGAUGUUUUGGGACUACAAUUCCUAUCAUCCCUGACCACUGAUUCUGUUAGCUAGGGAUGAUGGGAGUUGUAGUCCCGAAACAUCUGGAGGGCCGAGUUUGGCCACCACUGACUGCUAAGCUAUCCAAGCUCCUUCCUUCAACAAACUUAUUUACAAACUGGAUCCUGACAAAGCCUCACGCAAAAGAGAUAAGGAACAGCAGCCAGAAGAGGGUAGGAAGAAGACAGGGUGGCAGAUUGAGAAGCUGCUAAAGAAGAAGAUCAAACCUCUCCAUUCUUAAGGAAAUCAGCCCUGAGUGCUCACUGGAAGGACAGAUCCUGAAGCUGAGGCUCCAAUACUUUGGCCACCUCAUGAGAAGCGAAGACUCCCUGGAAAAGACCCUGAUGUUGGGAAAGAUGGAGGGCACAAGGAGAAGGGGACGACAGAGGACGAGAUGGUUGGAUAGUGUUCUUGAGGCUACCAGCAUGAGAGAGUUGGACACGACUAAACAACUAAACAAGAACAACAAAAGAAGAUGCAGCCCAACCCAGCAACUGGGAAGUUCCAGUACAGGAAAUGAGACUGACUUAAUGCUUUUCAGUUAGUAAAUUUGAGGAUUAUUUCUGGAUCAGCCAGCAGAGGGAACUCCUUUGCCAUAAAUAGCAUAUGCAGGUUGUUUGCACAUGCUGAUUUGGAUUUAUCAAAUAAAUUUGAGAGCAGGUGACUAGAAAGUAGUGGUGUAAACGAGGAAAAUUGUAGAGGCAGCUAGACAGGGAGACCCCUCUGAACUACCUGUUGGUGAGAUGGCUUUUUCAUUACUUAUCCUUUCUUGCAUUCCUAAAAUUCCCACAGGAGAUAGCAGCAGAAGUUGUUGGAGAGUCUCAGUUUUGUAUCGAACAGCUAUCCAGGCACAAUUCUCGGAGCGAUCCUGCAACCUGAGAUGGACUGGUUGCAGCAAGGUUGUGUUAGGAAGAGAUACUUAAGAGAGAGCAGUCAGGGACACAAAGUCGCUGGAGGGCUCUUAAUGACACAGAGUUAUGAUCACCCUGAUCCUGAGCUGAUAAUCUCAGUACGUUACCUGCUUACGGUAAUUCUUUUCCGCUGCUCUUCCCCUGCUUCAGAGAAGGUUUCUAAAACUUCUAAAACUUGUGAUUUAAAAGUUGAUAGAAUACCAUUUAAUCCUAAAAUCCUUCCAUGAUAAAGUAGGGGGAAACAGAGAUAUAUGCCUUUGCUUUGAUACUAAAAUAUAAAUUUAAAAACUAAGUGUUUGGUUUUUAAACAGUGACAUCACGAAAAAGCAGCAUCAAGCACAUGGCAAGAAAGAAGAGAGAAAAAUCUAAAGAAAGGGAGGAAAGGGGGAAAACAAUGCAUUGUCUCUUGUUUCUGGCAUGUACAUUAUAAGCAUCAUAGCAAUGUACAUCUGAACUACUGCAAUAAUAAUAAUAAUAAUAAUAAUAAUAAUAAUACCCUGCCCAUCUGGCUGGGUUUCCCCAAUAAAGAGAAAAAUAUGUAACAUCGAUUCAGGACAACAUAGACAUUUCUGCAUGUGCUGACCUUUUGGAAAGCCAGUACAGUGGUAACUCGGGUUAAGUACUUAAUUUGUUCCGGGGGUCCGUACUUAACCUGAAACUGUUCUUAACCUGAAGCACCACUUUAGCUAAUGGGGCCUCCGGCUGCCGCCGUGCCACCGGAGCACGAUUUCUGUUCUCAUCCUGAAGCAAAGUUCUUAACCUGAAGCACUAUUUCUGGGUUAGCAGAGUCUGUAACCUGAAGUGUAUGUAACCCGAGGUACCACUGUACUGUAGUUGGAGAACAGCACCGGAGACAGACAUUAGACAACAAUUUGAGAAAAGAUUCUUGCUUUGUGAAAACAUGGGGCUUAAAACAGCAGACUUCUAGUUUGCUUACUGUUUACCAGUAAAUAAGGUACUGUAUAGUAUGAAAACCUGGCCAACCCCACAGGGGUACAUGUAAAACCCUCCUAGAUGUUCAGCGUAGUCCAGUAUAGCUUUGUUGGUAAAGCACGAGACUCAAUCUCAGGGUUGUGGGUUUGAGCCCCACGGUGGGCAAAAGAUUCUUGCAUUGCAGGGGGUUAGACUAGAUCAAGGGUGGGUGGGUGGAAUGGAUAUUUGAUUGGGGAUUAAUUUUAGUAUAAUUGUUCUGUUCCUUCGUUGUUGUUGUUGUUUUAUUGGUUCUGUAUAGUUUGGCCUUUCAGCUGAUUCCCUGGUGGCCCGCUGGAAUGCGGAGUUAACCAGGGCUAUCGACUGUCUGGCUCCGAAGCGCCCUCUCCAAUUGCAUGGAGCCCGGACAGCCCCGUGGUUUUCUUCGGAGCUGAGGGCGAUGAAACAAUCGCUGAGACGGCUAGAGCGUCGGUGGCAGAAAACUCACUCCAAAUCUGACCGGACACAGGUUAGAGCUCAACGUCGAGCCUACCAAGUGGCGAUAGCGAUGGCGAAGAAGACUUUCUUCACCGCCUCUAUUGCAUCUGCAGAAAAUAGUAGCAGGAGACUCUUUCAGGUGGUUUGCAAUUUAACGGAACCACCUUUACCACCGGGGCCUUGUAAAGACCCCAAGAUCUCCUGCAAUGAUUUUGCAAAGUUUUUUGCAGGUAAAAUCACUCAUAUUCGGAAGGAGUUAGACACCACCGUGGGAGCAGGGCUGGGGCGGGAGAGUGCUAGAGCCCUGUCUGGUCAAGUUGCAUGGAAUCAAUUUCAAUCCAUUACCCCCGAGGAUGUGGACAGGCUGCUUGGACGCGUGAAACCAACCACCUGUCUCCUUGAUCCUUGCCCAUCCUGGCUAAUAAAAGCAAGCCGGGAAGGGCUGGGCGAUGGGCUCUGCGGGGUGGUGAAUGCUUCCCUCUGUGAGGGAACAUUCCCAGAUCCGCUGAAAGAGGCGGUCAUUAAACCGCUCCUAAAAAACCAUCUUUAGACCUGGCCAGUAUGGCCAACUAUCGCCCAGUCUCAAAUCUUCCAUUCUUGGGCAAGGUGAUUGAGCACGUGGUUGCUGAACAACUCCAGGCACGCCUGGAGGAUGCGGACCAUUUGGAUCCCUUCCAGUCGGGAUUCAGGCCUCAUCAUGGGACUGAAACUGCCUUGGUCGCGCUGGUUGAUGAUCUCCGGCGAGCUAGGGACAAAGGUGAGAGUUGUUUCCUAGUUCUGCUGGAUCUCUCAGCGGCCUUUGAUACAAUCAACCAUAACAUCCUUCUGGACCAUCUAGAGGGGCUGGGAGCUGGGGGCACUGUUAUACAGUGGUUUCGCUCCUUCCUCCUGGGCCGUGUUCAGAAAGUGGUGGGGGGGAUGAGUGUUCAGACCCCUGGGCCCUCACUUGUGGGGUGCCUCAGGGUUCCGUCCUCUCCCCAUGCUUUUUAACAUCUAUAUGAAGCCGCUGGGAGAGAUCAUCAGGGGGUUUGGACUGGGUGUCCAUCAAUAUGCAGAUGAUACCCAGCUCUACUUCUCUUUCAAAUCAGAACCAGUGAAGGCGGUGAAGGUCCUGUGUGAGUGCCUGGAGGCGGUUGGAGGAUGGAUGGCGGCUAAUGGAUUGAAGUUGAAUCCUGACAAGACAGAAGUACUGUUUUGGGGGGACAGGGGGCGGGCUGGUGUAGAGGACUCCCUGGUCCUGAAUAGGGUAACUGUGCCCCUGAAGGACCAGGUGCGCAGCCUGGGAGUCAUUUUGGACUCACAGCUGUCCAUGGAGGUGCAGGUCAAAUCUGUAUCCAGGGCAGCUGUCUACCAACUCCACCUGGUACGCAGGCUGAGACCCUACCUGCCCGCGGACUGUCUCGCCAGAGUGGUGCAUGCUCUGGUUAUCUCUCGCUUGGACUACUGCAAUGCGCUCUACGUGGGGCUACCUUUGAAGGUGACUCGGAAACUACAACUAAUCCAGAAUGCGGCAGCUAGACUGGUGACUGGGGGCGGCCGCCGAGACCACAUAACACCGGUCUUGAAAGACCUACAUUGGCUCCCAGUACGUUUCCGAGCACAAUUCAAAGUGCUGGUGUUGACCUUUAAAGCCCUAAACGGCCUCGGCCCAGUAUACCUGAAGGAGCAUCUCCACCCCCAUUGUUCUGCCCGGACACUGAGGUCCAGCGCCGAGGGCCUUCUGGCGGUUCCCUCAUUGCGAGAAGCAAAGCUACAGGGAACCAGGCAGAGGGCCUUCUCGGUAGUGGCGCCCGCCCUGUGGAACGCCCUCCCAUCAGAUGUCAAAGCGAUAAAUAACUACCUGACAUUCAGAAGACAUCUUAAGGCAGCCCUGUUCAGUGAAGUUUUUAAUCUGUGAUAUUUUAGUGUAUUUUUGGUUUCUAUGGAAGCCGCCCAGAGUGGCUGGGGAAACCCAGCCAGAUGGGCGGGAUACAAAUAAUAAAUUAUUAUUAUUAUUAUUAUUAUUAUUAUUAUUAUUAUUAUCAAGCAUAGCCAAACUUGGCCCUCCAGCUGUUUUGGGACUACAAUUCCCAUCAUCCCUGACCACUGGUCCAGUUAGCUAGGGAUGAUGGGAGUUGUAGUCCCAAAACAGCUGGAGGGCCAAGUUUGGCCAUGCCUGAACUAGAUUAUCCUUUUGCUCCCUUCCAAUUCUAUGAUUUGUGUUCCGUUCUAAGUAGAGCCCAUGACUAUUAUUAUUAAGCUUAUUCUGAAAUUAUUGUCUAUAUUUGUUUGGGUCCAUCAUUCUUAAUAUUUCCAAAGAUGCUGAAAAACAUAUAAAAUUGUAAAUCUUCAGGCAGACUAGUUUUUCAUCUGAAGCAGCAAAUGUAAAAUUCAAAAACAGUUUGUAGGGGUAUUAGGCUGGCUUUUGCCUCAGCUUUGGAAGAAAGCUUCUAUUUCCAACAUUAUUAAUCGAUGGAAUGGAAAUUUAAAUGUGGCUUGUGUCCCAGUCAAUGCUGUGCUGUUGCCAUGGCCUGGGGGCUUUGUCAUUGUCAAAGCCUUGCUGCUCUGUGGGCUGAGUUGAAUUUAAAGUUCAGUUGAGAACUGCCUAUAGUGUACGUAAACCUUAUUGUGCAACCCUGAACAAUUAUGAUAGAAGCCUUUACUCCCUCACUAAAGUAAUUGCAAUUCCCAGAUGGUUCUGUUUGAAUUUGGUUGAAAGUCGCUUUGAGUUGGCAUGGCAAGAAAAAGCAGCUAACCAAUUUAAUGAAUAAUAACAAUUUUGGUGUACCAUGUUGAGAAUCAGAAUGGGGUGGUGUGAGAAAAUGCGUCAGGCAACACCUUUUGCCCAAUUAUUCAGCUGUAAACAGAAAAAUAAGGAACCCACUGUAUAGGAACAUACACCAACAGGAAAAAACAGGCCAGCAUAGAAAGACACAAGUAAAAGGUAAAGGACCUCUGGACAGUUAAGUCCAGUCAAAGGCGACUAUGGUGUUGCAGUGCUCAUCUCACUUUCAGGCCGAAGGAGCCAGUGUUUGUCCACAGACAGCUUUCCGGGUCAUGUGGGCAGCAGGACUAAACUGCUUCUGGUGCAAUGGAACACUGUGAUGGAAACCAGAGUGCACAGAAAUGCUGUAUACCUUCCUGCUGCAGUGAUAUCUAUUUAUCUACUUGCACUGGUGUGCUUUCAAACUGCUAGGAUGGCAGGAGCUGGGACAGAGCAACAGGAGCUCAAUCCGUUGCAGGGAUUCAAACCACCAACCUCCUGAUCGGCAAGCCCAAGAGGCUCAAUGGGUGGCGGGUGGUGCUGUGGUCCAAAAGGCGUUUCCGUGUGCUCAGGUUUCUGCCAUGGUGUUCCGUUGCGCCAGAAGCAGUUUAGUCAUGCUGGCCACAUGACCUGGAAAGCUGUCUGUGGACAAACGCCGGCUCCCUCGGCUUGAAAGCGAGAUGAGUGCCGCAACCCCAUACAGUCGUACCUCGGCUGCCAAAUGCCUUGGAAGUCGAACGUUACGGCUCCUGGACGAUCAAAAACCGGAAGUGAGUGUUCGGUUUUAAAACUUUUUUUGGAAGCUGAACAUCCAGCGCAGCUUCCACUAUUGUUUCUAGCGCGCCUGCACAAUCGGCAACCAAUUGGAAGCCAUGCCUUGGUUUCUGAAUGUUUUGGAACCGGAACAGAUUCCGUUCAACUUCCGAGGUACGACUGUAGCCACCUUUGACUGGAGUUAACCAUCCAGGGGUGCUUUACCUUUUUGACAAAGACACAAUAUAUGGCAAGCAAAGUGCAAUGAAUGUUUUUGUCGCAAUGUAAAGGUAAAGGGACCCCGACCAUUAGGUCCAGUCGUGGCCGACUCUGGGGUUGCAGCGCUCAUCUCACUUUAUUGCCUAUCCGGGUCAUGUGGCCAGCAUGACUAAGCCGCUUCUGGCAAAACCAGAGCAGCGAACGGAAACACCGUUACCUUCCCGCUGGAGCGGUACCUAUUUAUCUAUUUGCACUUUGACGUGCUUUUGAGCUGCCAGGUGGGCAGGAGCAGGGACCGAGCAACGGGAGCUCACCCCAUCACGGGGAUUCGAACCGCCGACCUUCUGAUCAGCAAGUCUGAUCAGCUCAGUGGUUUAACCCACAGUGCCACCCACAUCCCAAUGUCACAAUGUACCCGCUAUUAAAAGACAUGCAGCACAUGCAAGUGGUACUCCAGAAUCAUCAAAAUAAGUACAAUAUUACAAUUAAUAAUAUAUUUUCAUUAUGUCUGAUGCAAGGGAAUUAUUGGGAGUGGCGGACCUGUAGCAAACAGGACUCUACACUCUACUUGUACCCGACAUGGGACCUCACAAGGUGAGUCACCCUGCUCAUGGUCUGGGAAAGUUUACACUAUAUUGUUUGGCUUGGGUUGCUACCAUUUUCUUAUAUAUUGAAGGAGGGGUUUCUCUUCAAAACAGGGAUCACUGGGCUCCAGGCCUGUUUGCUAUAUCUGUUUCACAUCUCCCAAGAAUUCCCUUGCGUCGGAGAUAAUGAAAAUAUAUUAAUAAUAGUACAGUGGGUUACAGACGCUUCAGGUUACAGACUCCACUAACCCAGAAAUAGUACCUCGGGUUAAGAACUUUGCUUCAGGAUGAGAAAAGAAAUUGUGCUCUGGCAGCGUGGCAGCAGCAGGAGGCCCCAUUAGCUAAAGUGGUGCUUCAGGUUAAGAACAGUUUCUGGUUAAGAACGGACCUCCUGAACGAAUUAAGUUCUUAACCCGAGGUACCACUGUAAUAUGGUACUUAUUUUAAUCAUUCAGUUGUGGCAUGGCAUAAUCGUGACAGCUGUUCUCUCCACAGAACCUUGAGAUACCUGCAUAUGACCUCUGUGAAUUACAUCUAGCCCAUGUAGGUCAAAAUUGUGAAGUACAGUUUUACUGAUCAAGUAACUUGAGUGUGCAAUUCUGGCCUGGGUCUUCUUUUCUGCUGUUUUGAAUAAGCACGCUACAAGCUGAGCUAACAGUAAAUUAAGCCGUAUUGUAGUCUAAUGUUAAAUUAAGCCUGCACAAACUAACCUCUCCAACCAUGCCACACCUCUGAGUUGGCUCUCUAGGAGCUGGGUCAAACCUGUUUCUCUUAAAAGGACCACAUAGUAGAUAUUUAAUUGAUAAUACAUACAUUACAGCCUGUAUAUGUUUGGUUUAAUAGAUAGUGGAACAUCCACAGCUUUCCAUUCCAGUAGGGAUAGAUAAGCAGAGGCAGAGCCUGUGCAAACCCUCCAAUAUUCCGUUGAACAAAAUCGGGAUGCACAUGGUUUGGUGUCGCACUCUUGCGGAAACCAGUUGCAUAAUCAGGGCACCACUGCAAGCAACAGCGCUGGCUGCAAGUUCAUCCUCACUGCUGAGCUCAGUAGAGAGGGGAAAAGGGAUAUUCCGGAAUCCAAUCAGAAGGUGGGAUGGCUUCUGUAAUUCUGGAAUGUCUCGGGAAAAUCAGGACAGUUGUGUGCUCUGUCACUGGAGUUGGGAGGUCUGCUCAUGCUGUGCUCUUUGUGAUGAGCCCAGUUGCAUAGGAAGCAUCACCCGAUCUGGCCUAGCAUAGCCGUGCAACUUAUGCUGCCAAUUAAGAUUUGUUUAACUCACUAACAGGAAGGAUUCGAAACCGGCGGGACCAGAAAUUCACGGAAGACUGGAGUAAAUUUACAGACUACUUGAAAAGUAUUUGUGAAGAUCAGACAACGUUUAUAGGUUUGCAAGAAGUUUUGUGAGGAGUAUUAUUGGAAGUAUUGCACAAAUGGAGAAGGGGAAGGAUGAUUUGUUAAGAGAUGUAAAGGCAAUAUAAAGUUAAGAAAUGCAUAAGAAGUGGUUAAAACGGUGGAUCAUCAGAGGUGCUGAUUGAAGUCUAAAAAGAUUGUAUAAGUGAUAAGUUUUGUGGUACAUUUUAUAAUUAUGUUAAAUUCAAUAAAAAUAUAUAAAGGGGGGGAGAUUUGUUUAACUCAGUGAUUUGGGUGGGUGUAGCUGUUUCUUCUUUUAAGAAGAAGCAGGAAAUGGUUCUGAAACCAGUAAAAUAUGACCCAUGGCCUCUUUUCUUUCCCCAUCAAUUUUUCAUAUCCUAUUUGCUGGAUCUAUAAAUUAUUAAAUGACACACCUGUCCCAGGUGUGGCUUGGGGCCACAGACUCCCCUGGAUCUGGGUGUAAAAUAAUUUAAUAUCCGAGAGCUACCAGUGCUGUUAAUAUUUUCCUUGUGAGCUGCCAGCUUCCUGAACGAUGCUUGUGGGCCGCAUAGUUUCUGGAUUCAGUAAAAGCUCACAGCACCAACCUCACUAUAUCUGGCACAUAUGUACUCUUCCCAGAAAGUAGAUCAAAUAGUAUCAGGAAUUUAAGUGUGUUUGUUGGAGUUGCCACUAGAGCUGGCCGGCAUUUAAAUUGAAGUUCAGCUGCGAUACCAGUUUCAAACUUUUUGAGCUGGCAGUAUAUUGCACCUCCUCUCCCUGCCUGUCCUUCACUGUUGGCAGUAUGAUUCUGAAUGCCAGUUGAUGGAAACCGCAGGACUCCCAUGCUAAUCUCUGUAUCGUUCCAUUUUUUUUUUAGUAUAUGUGCUGCCGAAGCGAAUAUAUAGUUCAAAUAUAUGUUGGAAGUGGAAGGAAAAGGAGGGGACAUUUUAUCACAUGUGGUGGGAUUGUAAGGUAAUUUUUAAAAAUUGGGAAAUGAUAUACAACGAAUUGAAGAAAAUGUUCCAUUUAACAUUUGUUAAAAAACCCGAGGCAUUUUUGUUGGGGAUUGUAGGGAAAGACCUGCCAAAAAAGUUGAAAAACAUCUUCAUGUAUGCAACAACGGCCGCAAGAGUUCUGGUAGCACAAGGAUGGAAGACUGAAGAAACCCCAAAUAAAGAAUCAUGGCAAGAAAAAUUGAUGGACUAUGCAGAACUGGCAAAACUGACAUACAAGCUACGGGACAAGGAUAACUGUGACUUUAAGGAUGAAUGGGAACCGACUCCUUGGAAGGUUUUGAAUAAACAUUCACAAACUUUUUAUUGA